UUCCGAGGCUUCAUCUUCAUCGCGGAAGCGUCUCGUCUCGUUGUUGCCGCAGAACUUACUUACUAUUGCCUUUUUCUGCUGUUAGUUACGUGAAGGUUAGGCGACGAGGUGAACUGCUUAGUGUUUUCCUCCGCGUGGAACUACCAUAUGCGCGCAAAGAAAACGGUACCCGCACUACGUACCGUUGACCACCUGCACUGCGAAAGCCUGUGAACCAGUGCGUCUGUGUGUCGUACUCAUAUCCGCUUUCGCGAGGCAAAAUAUGUAUCGUUCUUAGUGAAUAAGUGUAUCCGCCAAUCAAGACAGUCGAACGAAAACACGUUCCAUCGACGGGACGCGACGUUUCACUCGCGUGGUAUCGAUUAAAAGUUACCCUCAGCUCAGCAAGGCGGAAGUGUCACAUCAACAUGUUCGAUCAGGAUCGAUCGACGCGUGAAGGUGGAUCGUCGAGGGGGUUGGCUGCUGCCCGACCGUCCACCGGGGAAUCAUCCGACUCACCUUCAUUCAGUGGUGGUAGCAAGUCUAGGUUGGGCCUGUUCGCUGUUGGAGGAGGGGGACUAAGUCGAACGUUGAGCACACCGCCGAUAGCGGAAUCGACGCAUAUCGGCAACUGCAGUCUAGGUUGGAACGGUGCCAGCCCUGGUGGACAGUCCAAACGGAGGCCCACCUCACCGUUGCAAAACAAUCGCAGUCUUUUUAAGAGUAGUGGAAACCUUUCCAGCAUUGGGCUUGGGCGUUCAAGUUUACAAGUUUAUGCCGAUGCGCAAAGUCCGGGCUUGGUGAAUCGAUUGGUAAGAUACUACGACGCCGAUCAGUCAACCGUGAUGAACCGUUCCCAGUCACUGUCGAGCGUGUACAACAAACCGGGCCAGUUCCCGUUGGUACAUUUGCGCAAGCAGGAACUGCGCUACGGGGCAAACAACGCCGCUCGGCGACGGGGGAAUCUGAGCACGAUUCGGAUCGCGGCACCAGAAAGAUCGUUCUUGCAGCAAAGCAAACGUAGCAGCAUUCUUCGCACUGGUUCCAUGUUUCUUUCCGGUGUAAACAACGAAGCGUCAAACGAUUCGUUGUUUGGUGGUCGCGGUGGAACGGUACCGGGUGCCUCAAAAACCACUACCAGCACCACCACCACAACCACCGCUGGAAACGAAUCGGAUGCGGAGAAUCGAGUGAUUACGCCUUGCGCCGAACUGGAAGCGACACCGACCCGGAGCGUACUAGACGCGUUGAAGGAAAUAUCACGCAAGCGUAUCAACAACGAGGAGCUGGAUGCGGAUCGGAUAAAAAAGCAGUGCAAGGAACUUUCCGAACUGGAUGCGGCUGGCAGUGGGCCACCGUCGUCGACGGCAGCCGUUGCGAUAGGCACGCUUGGAAUGGCAACCAAGAGAAGCCGCGAACAGGCAGGCAGUCCAUCGUCACCAUCGGAAGGUGGUGCCGUGUCGGCAAUGGACAGAGCGGGCAAUGGAACGAGCAUCGGUGGUGGUGACCGGCAAACACUCAAGAAGCGAUUUUGUACCAAGAACAACGAUAUCCUCAGUUCGCUCAGCUCGAGCACGCUGAUCGUAAACACCCCGAAACGUGUCGCAUUGCCGCGCGUGGAACGGCGCUUCAACAUGAACCAGACACCGUCGGUGAUCACACCCGGAACCUCGAUGAAGUACCCAAUGCCAACGUCAUCCUCCACCAUGCUGGUGGGACCAACGACACCGGAAAAGUUCUCCAACAUGCUGCUUGAUUCACCUUCUUCCACGAUUCGGCGUAAAGAGAGUUCAACAAACGCUGGUCCGAAAGCGAUGGCACCAGCAACGACAUUACCAAGUACCCUGAUGACGACAGCAACGGGGAUGGCGAUGAUCGGAGAGCAGCGGGAACAACCCACGCGACCAAAGAUAACCCUCUUCAAUCGCCCGUAUGACGCCACGGUCAAAAACACAUCGACCGUUGCUAGCGACGGCGAAGAGGACGAGCACGGCGAGGGCGGUGGAAAGGUGCAGUUUGUCAAGCCGAAGGACAAAUCGCCACAGCUGAGCGGCAGCAGUAGCAUCAGUAGCGCUUCGUCGCGUGACCCGCUCAAAAAGCCAUCCACCUCGAAGCUGUCGGUCAUGUUGAAAUGUUUAAACGGCGAUCUGGACGAAGAUUACGAAGGAGAAGAAGAUGAAGUGGAGGAGGUGCGAGAGCCGAUUGGGCAUCUACCAGCAAAGCCAGGAGCAUCAACGUCGGCAUCACAGCCAGGAUUAGGAUUUACGUUCAAUUCUACCACUAAAGAUACGGUCGAUGCUCCGGCAAAGGAACAGAACGUGGCUCAACCCAAGCAGACGGAAACGGGUAAGGAAAGGCCAACUGAAACCCUUUCCAACGCUGCGACAGCAGGAACAACACCGGCGGCCACGGCAACGAGUAGCGGCAUUUCGGCGCUUAUCAACAGUCCAAUCAAAGAUACUGGUUUGGGAAAAAUUUCUUCCGUCAAUGAGACCAACUCCGAGAAGCAGGCGGAAGGUGAAAAGCGGAAUGACCCGAUUCCCGUUGUGUCACCGCCGCAGCCCGGUGAAGCUCCAAUACCGAUUGUCUUUUCUAUCGGUGCCUCAUCGCCGGCAAAGACAACAACUGCGGUCAGUUCGACGGGUUUUACAUCACCAACUGGCGGUGCAUCGACGGGUUCCACUGCUACGUCGGGAAUUGUUGCUCCCGCGGCAACGUUCUCCUUCGGUACCACGCCAGUUGCGGCGAAAAAAUCCGACGCUCCACAGACGACGACCUCGGCGAACCUGAUUUCAUUCUCUCCAGCACCAGCGGCGUCUGGAACUACGACGUUUGGAUCAACGUUUGGGGCUAAACCAUCCUCUCCGGUGAUUCAAUUUGGCAGUGUGACAACCACCCAAUCGACGACGCAGUCGACAGCCUCGUCUGGAUCGACGUUUACUUUCGCUGGUAAAGCAGCGGCUUCCCCUACGUUGGCAUCAACGACGACCACUGGAGCUGCACCUAAAGUGACCUCCCCGACGUUCACCUUCGGCAGUGGAAGCACGUUCAGUGCGUUCAAGACACCGACAGCGCCGGUUUCCUCGACGACGCCCACCAAAACAACCGGAGUGGCCAGUCCACCAAGCUCCGGCUCACUGUUUGCCAUGCCUGCUCCAGUGCCGGCCGCUCCAGGAUCUACUUUUACUUUCGGUGCAAAACCAGCUGGCGGGGCCAUCGCCACCACGACCGCACCCGGUACUCUACCGUCGGCGUCGUCCUCCUCCUCAGUGUUUGGCUCCGUGCUGGGUGCCGGCGUUCCGGCAACGACCUCAUCCACAACUACGGGAGCAACGCUUGGAACAACCUUUACCUUUGGUGGGGCGGCAACAACUGCUGCCACAACUGCGGCGCCGGCACCAACGACAGCUUUUACCUUUGGUGGCGCCGGGGCAACAGCAACAAACCCCCCGGCAAACGCUGCGACGUCUGCGCCAGUCUCUACAACCUCGUCGACAUUCCCCGCGUUUGGUGCAUCGGCAUCGACAGCUCCCGCUGCGGCACCAUUCGUGUUCGGUGGUCCAAAGCCUUCCGCAGUCGCUGGCGCCUCCACGACGGCACCAACGACGACAGCGUCAUCGACUACGCCUGCGUCGACCAACCUCUUCGCCUCUGCGGCAGCGGCUUCGUCCAACACUACCGCCACCUCGAAUCUGUUCGGCGGCUCAUCGGCCACUGGAGCACCAGCAACCGGCACGAACCUGUUCGGUGGAAGCGCGUCCGGAAGUACGUCCAUUUUCGGUGCGCCAGCAGCAACCAAUGCAAACCAAGGACCGACCUCCACGGCACCCGGUGGUGGCACGACAUCGUCCUCCAGUCCGUUCACGUUCGGUGCGAAGCCGAACACAAUCGCACCACUGAAUGGGCCAUCGACUAAUUCGACCACCGGUGGAUCAAUCUUUGGUGCUGCCGCUGCAGCUGCACAGCAACCUUCCUCCGCCAACCAGACUACACCGGGUGGACUGUUUACAUUCGGCUCGGGAGGUGCCGGCACUGGAUCAGCACCGCAGGUGCCUACCUUUGGUGCCCCAGCGGCGUCGGCUACCACUGGGACCACCGGAUCAAACUCCUCGGCAGCGCCUUUCACGUUCGGUGCGGCUGCCUCGAAACCGGCCCAAGCGGCUGCAAAUGCCCCUGCCGCCACCGCAGGAGGUGGUAUUUUUGGUUCCAUUGCGGGCAAUAACAAUAGCACCAACAGCAGCGGCAAUAACAACACGGGUACCGUUCCUGCAUUCGGUGCGGGAAUUAACGGCGGUGCCACAACCGGUACUUUCGGUGGGGGUGCAAUCUUCGGUUCGUCUGCCACCAAUAGCAAUCCGGUGGCUGCUGGCACUGGCAGUGGAACGUCAAUUUUCGGUUCCAACACACAAACCGCCAACGGUCCACAGCAGAACGUGCCCGGACAGCAGGCAUCAUCCGGCACCGGAGGACUAUUUACAUUCGGUGGUGCCGCCACCAACAGUUCGACCGGAGGAAACACAUUCGGCAGUGCAACAAACGCAGCCGGUGCCUCCACCACAUUCGGAAGUUUGGCGAAUAACGCUGCAUCGGCUGGCCUUACCAACGGUAUCGGUGGCAACAAACCGUUCACCUUCGGUGCAAGCGCCACGGCUUCGCCGGCUCAACAGCAGCAGCAACAACAACAAGCGCCGGCACCAGCCCCAGUAUCCGGUGGGUUCAAUUUCAACCUCGGUUCGAACGCCCCGAAUGCAGCACCGAAGCCGUUCUCCUUCUCCGCUGGGAACGCGUCCACUGGAAACGCAGUCCAAUCACCGCCGAUGUUUGGAUCACCCGCGUCCAAUCAAUCUUCGGCAGCCCCGUUUACCUUCGGUGCUUCCGCAGCGAACAACAACCCCACCAACAACAACAACAACAAUGCCAGCAAUGUAGCCUCCCCGGGACCGUUCACCUUUGGUCAAACGCAACAACAGCACCAACAACAACCGCAGCAGCAGCAACAACAGCAGGGAACGGCUUUCAACUUCUCCGCCGGCAAUGUGGCGGCCGUCGCACCGCAACCCCAGCAGCAGCAGCAGCAACCGCCAGCGUUUAACUUCGGUGCCGCGGCGGCACAGUCACCGUUCGGGGCGCUCACCAGUCCCGGUGCCCCACCGGCAUUCGGUGGUGCGCCCACGUUCGCCGCACCGGUCGGUGGUAUGCCGACAUUCAGCAUCGGUACAAACUCGACCCCGAACGGACCGCCGACCGGUCAGCGAAGGAUAAAGUUCGCAACCCGUCGGGUCAAGUGACCGUAGAAGUGACGACUGGACGGUGGCGGCGAACAACCGAUCACCACGUUCCAGCUCGAAAUAAGUUAGCUGAAGCCUCUCCCAAAUCCCCUCCACCGCCUGCUACGGAGUGUUACGGGGAUCUAUGAAUAUCUUGUAAAGAGAACCAAAACUAUGUUGAUGAUUAUGAUGAAGAUUCGUUUCCUUUUCCUUUUCCACCGCCAUUGCCAGCGAUCCAGUGUUAGCUUUUUGGCCCCCUUCGUUUUCUUUCUACACAGAAAAUAAGUUUCUGUGCAUGGCUGUACCAUUUUAAGUGUUCUGUGUUUGUGUAUUUCCUUUUCAUAAGGUACUAAUCGUUGCCGUUUUCUUGUUGGAUAGUUACAAAAUGAGUGUAUUUGGAACCGACGAUGUUUUGUCCGAAUGUAAAUGCCUUUUUAUUCUAUAUUGUUUUGUGACGCAAAGGAUCACAUUAUUACUGUGUGGGAAUUCAGCGUACAGUGAAAUAAAUUAACAAAAAAAAAACACACACACACGCAGACACACUGAAUCACUCAAAUAAACUAAUCACUAAACUAAUAUGCAUAUAAAAUAAUGAAUUGUAAAACCAAGAAAGAGAAAGGAUCGAAUAAAAUAGCAUCCGGGCGCAAAUGGAAUUUAUAUUCAAACCGUA